UUAAAUUUAAAAGUAAAUAAUAAUAGUAAUAGUAAUAAUAAUAAAUAAUAAUAAAGAUAAAUAAAAUAUAUAUAUUAAUGAGAUUAUUAUUCUACGAAAAGUAUUUCACCGAUUUAAAAAAAUAAUGAUAUCACGACAAAAGAAACAAACGAAUUAUGAAGAAGACAAUUGGGAUGAUAUAGAAAUUCCUGAAACUGGAUUACUUUUAAUAAAUAACGAAAGUGAUUAUGGAUUAUCAACAACGACAAGAGAUAUUUCGGAAAUAACAAUAUGCGAUUCUUCGGAUGAUGAUUCGGAAGAUUAUCCUAAUGAAAUAACUAAUAAUUAUAGUAAUAGAAGUACACCAGUAUCGUCAUCUUCAAUUAACAAGGUAAAAGAAAUGAUGAUUAAUAGUGGAGUAGUAAUCACAAAUAAUAAAGAGGAGUUUAGUGGGUUGAUUACAAGAAUUGGAGGAGAGAAUAAUAAAGUUAUUGCGGUUGGAGAUGAUUGGGAUAACGACAUAGAAAUACCCGAAGAUGGGCUUGCAAAUUUAACGCUUAGUACUAAUAAAAAGGAUAAUAGCUUUAAUAUUACCGUUACUAAUGAUUUUGAAUUUGAUGAAGAACAACAACAAACAACUAGCAAGAAUUCAAUUACUUCUCCAAGGAAAUUAAUUAUAAAACAAAUCGAAGAUCCUUCAAAAGUAUUCCCAAAAUCUAAUACUGUGCAAAGUAAAAAAACAUUAGAAAAUAUCGACGAUUAUUUUGAUUUUACAGGAGUAGAAUUAAGUAAAUUAGAUUUGUCUACAAAAGUAUUAAAUUUACGUCGACAGGGAUCGUAUGAGGAAGAAGGAAAUUUAAAUUAUAAAGAUCCAUUUGGAUCAGAAAAAAUUUCUUCAAGAAAUUCAUCCCGUCUUUCUAUAUUACCAAGUCCAGCACCGACAAAUGGUUCACAAAGUGCUUUUGAAAGUGGGGAAGAAGAAGAUGAAUCAUUUGAUGAUAUACAAUUUCCUGAACGUAUGGAAUCUUUAACUUUAAUUAGUCGUAAUGAUGAUAAUGAUUUUGAGAAUGGAUUGGAUAUAGCUGAUGAAAGUGUUUUUGAUCCUGAUCAAUUAAAGAACAAAAAUAUUAUUACACGUCCUAAUCAAAAACAACAAAAACGUGCAAGACGUGAAUCAUUUAGCAUUGAAUUUAAUACUUCUACAAAGAAUAGUAGAUCUUCUACUCCUUCGAUUCCUCUUAUCAACAAUAAAGUUCAACCAAAAACUACAAAUAAUAAUUCUCCUCAAAUAUCUUCUCUGGAUAGAUUGAAAACUAAUAAAGCUUUUUCUAGAAGUCUUACUUCAUUAAGAACGUCAACACCUAAAAAUACAACAAAUACUACUUUACCAAAAAGUCGCCCAAAAAGUUUACAAAACCCAAAGGAUCCUAAACUUCCUGUAAGUGGAUUGGUUAAAAAACCAAUUUCUUUGAUGAAAAAUACUCUUGAGAGAUCAAAAAGUUCUUCACACAUAAUACAUUCUACUAACAACUCUAAUAAAUCAUCAAAAAAAAUUAACUGCAAUUCUACCUCGUCAUUCAAUAAACGUAUUGAAAGUACUUCAAAAGGAUUAUUACCUUCCAAAAGUACAAAAAGAUAUCAACAAAAUAUUAACCCUCAUAAUACUCAUAACAAUACUCUUCAAACCACUUCUAAUACCAAUUCAACUACUACUUCAAUACCGGAGAUUAUGCGUAAACCCACAAGACAGCAAAGUUUUGGGGAUGGAACCGAAUUGGACGGGUUUGAUGAUUUACCAGUAAAUAUUGACAGAGAACGUCCAUAUACUUCGAGUAAUUAUGCUAUAAACGAUAGAAAGAAUAGUAUUUCUUCUGUUGGUUCGAAAACCGAUAAUAGUGAUAAUUUUCAACAUCCCCGAAAACAUAAGAAAAAUCGUAAAAGAAAGAAACCACAAUUGAUUAAGAAUCUUAGUGCUGAUGUGAAUCUUAAAUUUGUGGGCGAAAUGGUUUAUAAUCCAAUAACACAACGUUGGGAUGGAAAUGAUUCUGUAUUAAAAGACUUUGAUAAUGUUUUGUCCACUCCUCUACGUCCUGCUCUUAUCUCAAACAUGAAUAAUUUUACUACAAAUACAAAAUCUUUUCAAGUAGUUGGUAAAAUGAGAUUUGAUCCAAAAAAAAUGUGUUGGAAUAAUGAUUCUUCUGACGAAGAGGAAGUAAUUUGGGAUUGUGAUGAUGAUGAUCGGGAUGAUUUUAUUUCUACCCCUCAAGCAUUUAUUGAUACUAGUGAUAAUAAAUUAAGAACAAAAAAUGAUGCUAAUUCUAUUGGUAACGAUAAUAAUGAUUUUCAAGUUGGUUCUGAAUUUGACAUUACUUCUGGAUUUUUAGCAGCUUUAUUAGCUUCAGAAAGACAGCAUCGUAAUGAAAUUACUAGAUGGUAUCCCGGUGCUUUAAGCAAAAAAAAUGAAUCUAGAUUUGGUUUAAGAGAUAUCACAUUGCAAAGAAGUUAUCUUUAUGAUUUAAGAAACAAUAAUAACAGAGGAAAUACUAAUUAUUCUUCAUCUGGUAACAAUACUAAAAUCAAUAAUAAUAGAUCAGGCGGGCUUUUCGAAGCUGCUGCGAAUUUGACAAGACAUGAACGAAGACAUUUUCGUUAAUUGUUAAAAAAAAAUAAUAAAUUUUUCAAACAUACACUUUUAUUCAUUUUGUAUAUACUUUAAUUAUUAUAAUUUUUCACUUUUCUCUUUUUUUUUCCUCAUUUGUAAAUAUUAUCAAUCUCAUCAUAACUUAAAUAAAUAUUAAACUAAUAAAAC